UUUCUGAGAAAUAAAAGAAUAAAUAUGUUUUAUAAACAAAUCAUUUUCCAUUUUCCUGACUCCUGAGACUUCUGAGUUUGGGCAGGCUGAGCACAAGACUGAUCAUAUAAAUAUGGGCAUCCCUUCUUUCGGUGUCUCCAUGUACCUAGUGCUCAUUUCCAUACUCAUCUCCCUAAGCAUUAGGGGUGAAGCCGCUGAAUACCGCUACCAUUUCUGUUCAAACCAAACUUUCUCCCCCAAUAGCACCUACCGGUCUAACCUCAACAGACUCCUCUCUUUCCUAAACACAAAUUCCACGCGUGAAGCCGGUUUCUACAACACCACCGUGGGUCAAACUCAAACCCCAGAGAACACAGUUUACGGCCUCUUCCUCUGCCGCGGUGACCUCGCCACCAUUGAGUGCCAAGACUGCGUCUCAACAUCAACCAAAGAGAUUGUUCAGCUGUACUGCCCAGAAGAAAAAGAGGCCGUGAUUUGGUAUGAUGAAUGCAUGUUACGCUACUCAAAUCGAUCAUUCUUCUCCAUUAUGGAAGACGAGCCUAGUAAGAUUCUGUGGAACUUGUUGGAUAUAACAGAGCCGAAUCGAUUCAUUCAGCUAGCGGAAAAAACAUUGAGUGACUUGGUGCCGGGGGCGGCAGCAAAUGCUUUGUCCGGUGCUAAAAGAUUUGGUACCAAAGAAACCAAAUUUACCGACUCGCAAACGCUAUACAACCUUGUACAGUGCCUCCCUGACCUAUCCAGCUUUGAUUGCAAUAGGUGUCUUCGGGAAGCCAUAACAAACUUGUCCACAGCUUUUCGCGGAAAGAGAGGGGGUCGUGUUCUGAAUCCUAGUUGUAACGUUAGAUAUGAAGUUUUCGCGUUUUACCAUCCCGCAAUCGCAGCCCAGCGCGCGUCGGAACGCCACCAAGAGAGUUACAGACCAGCCGACGAGGUCAAAGAUCCAUUAAAAUCUGAUAUUGUUUUCGCAGGGAAAGGCAAAAGCUCAAAGGCAAUAGCUAUCGUAAUUGCUGUUACAAUUGCUUCCUCUGUUGUGCUAGUCAUUUUGCUUUUCUUUUUCCGAAGGAGGAGAGCAAGAAUGAAGUCCAAUGAUAUAAACGAAGAGAAUCCUCAAAAAUCUGAUGGCCUCCUAAAUUACCAUGCUGCAAGUGAAAUAACAACUGUAGAAUCUUUGCAAUUUGAUUUUGGGACAAUUGAAGUUGCAACAAACAAAUUCUCAGACGACAACAAGAUUGGUGAAGGUGGAUUUGGUAAAGUUUACAAGGGUGUGCUACCUGAAGGGAAGGAAGUUGCAGUUAAAAGGUUCUCAAUGAAGUCAUUGCAAGGCUUAGAGGAAUUCAAAAAUGAGGUCAUACUUAUUGCGAAACUUCAACACAAAAAUCUUGUGAGGCUAUUGGGAUGUGGCAUAGAGGGAGAGGAAAAGUUACUUGUGUACGAGUUCAUGCCCAACAAAAGCCUUGAUAAUUUUAUUUUUGAUUCAAAAAGGCGCUCACAACUUGAUUGGAAGACUUACUAUAACAUAAUUUGUGGGAUUGCUAGAGGACUUCUAUAUCUUCAUGAGGACUCCAGGCUUAAAAUCAUUCAUAGAGACUUGAAGCCUAGCAAUGUGUUGUUGGACCAUAACAUGGUUGCCAAAAUAUCGGAUUUUGGAAUGGCGAGGAUCGUUUCUGAAAACCAAAACAUAGCUAACACCAAAAGAGUUGCAGGAACAUAUGGGUACAUGGCUCCAGAAUAUGCAAUGGAAGGGAUAUUCUCUAUUAAGUCCGAUGUCUUCAGCUUUGGUGUAAUCUUGCUUGAGAUUAUUAGCGGGAAAAGGAGUAGUGGCUUCUACCUCACUGAACAUUCGCAGACACUCCUUGCAUAUGCGUGGAGACUGUGGAAUGAAGAUAAAGCGAUAGAGUUUGUGGACAACUUCUUGAUGGAAUCAGGUUCGACAUCAGAAAUUGUAAAGUGCAUACAUAUCGGACUUUUGUGUGUCGAGGAAAAUCCACAAGACAGACCCACCAUGUCGACGGUGGUAGUUAUGCUGGGAAGUGAAUCAAUAGCUCUUCCUGAACCAAAACACCCUGCAUUUUCUGUGGCUAAAUUCAUGUCGACGGAUGAAAUCUCUGUAAAUGAGCUAAGUAUUUCUACUAUUGUACCAAAAUGAAUGCUUACAAGUGUACAAGAUUGCUGUUGGGUUUUGCAUGAUGGUGAACUUAAUGUUGUACCCUUAAUUUCUAGAAAAUAGGAUAGGAUACGUAUUGGAAUUAGGGAAGGAAAGUCCAGCUAAUUGAGUAAAUGAUUGUAUUGUACAAACUACAAAGUUAUUAAAUAAUAAUGUAUUUUGUAUAAAAA